AAUCAUUAAUCUGGGUUGAAUGUGGAGUUCCAAAAAACUUAAUAGUACUGUGUAGAUUGACAUAAAAGUUAGUUUUAAAUCUCAAACCAGCAAAGUCUUUUUUUUUAAUUUUCCCAGGCACCUGCCACUUAUGAAGCACUGGUAGAGAUGGAAUAUCUGGACAUGGUGGUGAAUGAAAGUAUGAGAAUAUAUACAAUUGCUACCAGGGUUAACAGGCUCAGUAAGAAAGAUGCUGAAAUCAAUGGUGUGUUCAUUCCCAAAGGGACAGAGGUGGUCAUACCUAUCUUUGUUCUUCACCAAGAUCCAAAAUACUGGCCAGAGUCUGAGGAAUUCUGUCCUGAAAGGUUCAGCAAGGAGAAUAAAGAUAGAAUCAAUCCUUAUACAUACCUGCCUUUUGGAUAUGGUCCUAGAAACUGCAUUGGCAUGAGGUUUUCUCUCAUUAACAUGAAGCUUGCUAUUGUCAAAAUCCUGCAGAACUUUUCCCUACAUCCUUGUGAAGAAACAGAGGUUCCCUUGAAAUUAGGUAAGAAAAUGAUUCAUGCUCCAGAAAAGCCUAUUGUCCUGAAGAUUAUAUCAAGAAAUGGGGCCAUAAAUAAAGGUUGA